AUUUGUCCCUUCGCGGUUUCCGUAGACGGAGUUUCCUGUCACUGCGACCCAUGCGAUGUUUACAGGAGCACAAAUCCUCAAUAUCUGUGUUGUUGUUCGUCCUGGCAGCCGUUUACUUCUUGAACCCUUCCAUCACCUAGCAUCUGCUCAGGAACAGUGAAGAUGGCAGACAAGGCUCCUUCUGUUGCCAUGGAGGCCGUCCUGAAGCCCAGCUGUGAGCUUCCUGAGGACAUGCCGAAGAUCCGAGGCUACGACUUCAACCAGGGGGUCGAUCUCCACGCCGUGCUGAAGUCCUACCUGCACACGGGCUUCCAGGCCAGCAGCUUAGGCCUGGCCAUCCAGGAGAUCAACAACAUGAUAGAGAAGCGUCUGGAGCCGGUGGAGGCAGCUGAAGGAAAUGAAUCCGAUGAAACUCCUAAGUCCGGCUGCACCAUCUUCCUGGGAUACACCUCCAACCUCAUCAGCUCCGGAGUCAGAGAGAGCAUCCGCUACCUGGCCGAGCACAGAAUGGUGGACGUGAUCGUGACGACGGCUGGAGGCAUCGAGGAGGAUCUGAUCAAGUGUCUCGCUCACACCUAUUUGGGAGAAUUUAGUUUGUCUGGAAAGGAGCUCCGUCUGAGAGGGAUCAACAGAAUCGGGAACCUGCUGGUGCCCAACGAUAACUACUGUAAGUUUGAAGACUGGCUGAUGCCCAUCCUGGACCAGAUGCUGCUGGAGCAGAACACAGAGGGCACCCGCUGGACUCCUUCCAAAAUGAUCCAUCGACUCGGCAAAGAGAUCAAUAAUCCGGACUCGGUCUACUACUGGGCGUACAAGAACAACAUCCCGGUGUUCAGUCCUGCUCUGACCGACGGCUCUCUGGGCGACAUGAUCUACUUCCACUCCUUUAAGAACCCUGGCCUGGUUCUGGACAUCGUUGAAGAUAUUCGCAGGAUGAACAGCCAGGCGGUUUUUGCCAAGAGGACGGGAAUGAUCAUCCUGGGAGGAGGGCUGGUCAAACACCACAUAGCUAAUGCUAAUCUGAUGAGGAACGGAGCUGACUAUGUGGUUUACGUGAACACCGGUCAGGAGUUCGACGGGUCGGACUCCGGAGCUCGACCCGACGAGGCCGUUUCCUGGGGAAAGAUCCGGACCGACGCCAAACCUGUGAAGGUGUACGCCGACGCCUCCCUGGUCUUCCCUCUGAUGGUGGCUGAGACCUUCGCCCUGCAGGCCCACAGGCUGACCGCCGGCAACAAAACAGAAUAACCGGCUUCAAACGCUCCGUCAGAGACAACAAGCAGCUUUGUUCCUUCGUCUGGGUAAUUGCACGCAUGAGUCUGAAUCUUUUAGUUGAGAGUAGCAGCUUACUGUGGGAUGUAGUGAAACUGUAAGGGAACAAUGGUGAGGUUUCCUCUUUAACGCCUGCCGUCCCCGUGUUUUCCUUUCUGCUCAGACAGCAUCAGCACCAAAGAGACUGUUAGGAGGUUUGAGACGAGGCAGCCAAGAGUUUUAUUUCCGUUUAACACACAGCAUGUUCCUCUUUUCAUUCAUUUUACUUCACUGCUUCUGUGUUUUUAUCAUGAACCUGUUAGAGCAGAGGUGUCAAACUCAUCUUAGUUCAGAUCCACAUUCAGCCCAGUUUGACCAGUAAAACCACAGCAUAACAACCUGUAAAUAACCUGUUUCCUUUGUUUUAGUGGAAAAAUGUUCACAUUUAAGGAAUUAUCUUUUUUUAAAAAAACAUUAUGAACAACCUGAAGUUUCUUAAGAAAAAUAACUUCAGUUUCAACAAUAUUCAGUUCAUCAUUCCCACAUUACAACUUCCAGAUCACAGUUUAUCUACAAAAAGGCACAAAACAUUUCCUCACAGGGAUCUGGAACUGAACCACACAGUAUUUUACUUUAAAAUAGACAAGAAACAACAAAAACAAGACAAAAUAUUACAAAAAUGAGACAAACGACAUAAAACAAAACAAAACGAGACGAUAAAUUUGACAAAAAAAGUUAUAAAGCCACAAAAAAAUUAGACAACACAAGCGAGAUAAAAACACUACACAAAACAAUGAAUAAAGCAAAACACAAAAUGACAAAAAUGAGACAAAAACACGCGAGGCAAAGAGGAAGCAAAAUGACGUGAAACAAAAGGACAAAAACGAGGCAAACGACAAGUCAGACAAAAACAAAACAAAAUACUGCAAAAAUGAGACACAAAUGACAAAAAAUAGACAACACAAGCGUUUUGCAAGUGUUCAGUGUGCAGUUAAUGUCUUCUCUGUCAUUUUUACUCCCGUGGGCCGCAUUGGACCCUCUGGAGGGCCGGUUUUGGCCCGCAGGCCGCAUGUUUGACACCUCUGUGCUACAGGAUUAAAGACGGGGCUGAGCUGUUCAUAGUUCAGGAGGUUUUUUCUGUGUUUAACGGAGGUUUAGUGAACUUUUACUUCUCUAUCUGCUCUGAGUUAAAGGCUCCAUGUGUUGUUGUACACUAAUCUGAUGCAUUUAAGUGAUGUUCAGGAAAAACAAAGGCUGUUAGCUGCAGAGAAUGAGCAGUUUAUUAGGUUAGAAAUGAAACCGCUUGUCUGCCUUCACCUUCAGUUUAAAUGUGUGAGUUCUGUCGUAUUUUAAUGACGCAUUUCCAGGUGAGGAGGUGUUUCAGGACAAGUCUCUUUCUGCUUCCAUUUCUCUGCCACUAACCCGAUCAUUGAAUAAAACUGAACGUUUUCCGCCUCAUUAAAGCAGAUUUUAUGGCAGAACAGUUGCAUUGGGUUGUGUCAUGUUGUACCUAAAAAUAAACUUGUCUUUACAUAA